AUGAAUUAUUUGGAAAAGCAUCCAACGAGGAUGAAGAAGACAACUAAAAGGAUCAACCAGAAUACCAUUAUACCGCUGAAGCAUCAAAUGACAAAGGAUGUGGACACUAUUAGUGAAGCCAUCAAAGGUAAGAGUAAAGAAAAUGAAAAAGCAGGGAUAGGAAAAAACAGUGAGCCAAACGAUGAAGUAGAGAAUUUCGACUACAUUAAAAGUUACCUAACGGAAGUAUUCGAACGGACAAAAACUAACGACUCGGUAUCGUCAAAAGAGGAUAGUAAUAUGGAGGAUACCCACAGAAAAAGUAGAGAACAUGGUGAAAACACUUCCCUCUUACACACAGAAAAUAACAGCUUGAACGUUGAAUGCGAUUUGGACAACACGUACGAGUUUGAGACGAUGGAGAGUGGGAGUUACCCAAAUGGGGAUGUACAGUUGGUAGAAGCAAUAGGUGAGGUAGAGAUGGCGCAGGAUGUGGGAGUGGCCUCCGCAGGAGCAUCUUUUAGCGGUGGAAGCUACGCACACCCCUUGAGGUUGAAGAAGGCACUCACUAGCGUGGACGAACAGAACUACAACAUAUUCGGAAGCAAGUCACUGUUCAACCAUUUCGGAACCUUUAACAGGAGUGGCAACCCGGGAGUCUGGUUGACGGAUAAAGAAGAAAUAUAUAAUGCUCCAAAUGGGGAAUGCAGGAAGAUGGCCGAGGGGAAUGUUGAUCUUCUCAUAGAUGAUGUUGUUAGGGGGAGUUGUCUAAUAGAGCCGGGCGAAAACUUCGACCAGUUGGAGGAGGAAGCAUUUAAUAUAGGUAGAUGUUCAGAGGAGCAGGAAAGCAACGGUGUUAAUGUGGAGCAACUGUUAGCGGAGGUGGGAGGUAGUAACGGACACGUGGACGGGUUAGAGACAGUCCAAAGGGAAAAUCCACAAGAGAUGAACAGUAAUUUGUUCCAACUACUCAGUAGCAGCAAUAGGGAGUUUGUUUGUAACUAUAUUAGGAGGUAUCAAGAGAUGGGAGAACGCGGCGAAGAGGGAGGUGUUGUCGAAGGGGCAGACGGAGAAGGACACAUGGAAGGGCGAAAUUCCCCUCCUGUUGAUGGCUACGUGAAGGGGAAAAGCGUGUGUUUCGAUCUCCCCACCACGGAGCAUAGCAUCAUGUUGAACGAUCACGACAUCGGGACGUAUGUGCAGAGCGACGGGGGGAACGAAGUAGACAUUGGCUACAAAUUGGAAAGUUCAAGAUUAAAGGAGGAGAAUAUUUGUCCGUCGGGGAAAGGAACAGUCGAAAUAAUGGGUAACAACAUAAAUCAGGAUAACCUAGUGAAGCACGACCUGGGCGGGAUUGCCCACCUUGAUCAUAAGAAUGUGGGGGGGUUUAAGAAGCACGGUUAUGAGCACAACGAUUCGAAUGUCCCAAGUUUUUUUUUCAUCCCCGAAUGGGUUCGAAGCGAUCAGGGAGAAACAUGCAUGAAAGGGACAAAUCUCGACAAGGGAAAUAUUGAAAGGAAGAGAAGUAUCUCCACUUUGCCUAACCACGUGGCACCUACAGAUGAAUGGGAUGAAAAGACUCCUUCCGUUUCACCCCAUAUUAAGAAAUGUACCACAUCAGAACUAUACAAUAAUUUAUUGGAACUACUAAAUGAUGGAUCUCAAAAUGUUAAGGUGGAUAGCAUGAACCAGGAAAUAGGGAUGCACCUAGGGGGAGAGUUUGUUAGGGACGAAGCUGCCACGUACUACGAUGGAGAUAUUCUCAAGCAUGUGACACAUGGGGGAGAGAGAGAUUCCCAUGUGGAUGAUCAGCAAAGUGGUGGUAAUCAUGCAUUUAUACGUCGAGCCAAUUACGAGGUGGUCGAGAAAUAUGCAAAGGGGUUAAAUGGGGUGGACAAUGCUGAAAAUAUGAGCAAAGUGGAAAGAGGAAUUACCAUGGGGAAUAUCAACAGUGGGGCCUUACCAGUGAAGAGCUACUUAAAAUAUCAGACUACACCCUUUUCUAUUUCACAUGAUAAUGAACGGGAUAGUUUCCAAAAUAGAGGACAAUCUACAUAUGGAUCACCACCGCCCAUAGUCACUAAAAAAAAAAAUGUAAUGUUCGAAGCGUUGAAGAAUAAGAUAGGGUUUCUUCUAGACAACGAAGAUGACGACGUUUUUUUGAGUGAAUAUAUUAAGGAUGCUAUAGAUGACUAUAACCGUAGCAAAUGGGGAAGGGGCGCUAACGGUAGGGAAAGCAUGCAAGCGGGUCGUUCGUCAUUUGGGGAGGGUAAGGAAUUAGUCUAUAACCCAGUCAGGGGAGAGUCUGAUAUUGCCACUGAGACGGAAAUACAAAAUGGUAUCCUUAAGAGUGAGACGAUUAACUACAAUUACAGUAGACCAACUGAGCAUCUGAGCGAAGUGGACCUCCGUGAUCAGAAUCACAGUACAGUCAAUUUGCAUCUGGGAAGGGCUCACACAGACACGUAUAAUGAGGGAUAUUCACAUGUGGAUCGCAUCAGAGGUGAAUCUCCACCUCAAGGUGCAGGGUUGGAAAUAAUCCGUGAGGAUCAAUGGAGAGCGAAGAAUUUCAAUCGUGGCAGGGCUCACGUGAAGAACAGAACACACAAGAGCAACGUGGCCAGUCUGAAGUUGUUCCUACAGAACAGUAUAAUGGCUAACAACAUCAGCAAUUAUAGCAGCGGCAAUAUCAGCGGAUAUACAGUCGGGCAACGUAGUAGUCUUGACAAGGGUAUCCUCAGUGAUGAUUCUGCGUCUGGACCAAAUGGGGAUGACAUGAAAGGGGGGUGGAAUGGUGGGCCAGUUGUGUCUGACGUCCCGAUGAAAACACUAGAAGAGAGAAAAUCUCCAAACGUGGGUUCAUCCCAAUUGGGGGAUUAUUCCAUCGAACGGGGAGAUGCUAUUCGUGGACAUCUAAGAAAAGCUAACAAGGAAGAAGAGAGGGAAGAGCAACUUAAAAAAAUAUACGAAAAUUUAUUUUUUCUCAGUAGAAGGAAUAAUAGAAACCUUCCUUUCAGUAGUGUGUCUAGGGUGGAGCAGGAAGGGACGACAGCACAGGAUGCCUCUACGGAUGGUUACGUUUUACCAUUACACGGGGAAAAUAGCUCGAUGAAAAUCCACACAAGUGCCCACAGUGACGACAGCUUCGAUGCCUUGUCUCAGAAGGGGGGGGAUACCUCUUUCCUGAAAAGGGACCUGGCAAAUCUGAAGGCGCAUGGGACAUUUGGUAUCAGCGGCCGGGGGAAUGACGCUCUCAGCGGUGUUGUGGGGUCCUUUGAAAAGGGGCAUUUCGUAGACGAGGUGGGGUCGAACUGGUCUAACAGGAAUUUUAUGGGAAAGGACAAGGGCAUCGGAGAGGGGAAAAAGAGGGAGGGCAUCCUAUUUGGAGGAAGGAGGGGAGAUCCAUCUUUGAGCAGAAGAGGAAAGGAUGCGUUCGAAGAGGAGGGAGCUAAUAAUUCCUUGUGGAAUAGGAACCUUGUCUCUGGCUCGUCGGCCAUGCGCGCCACUUACAGCGCCUUCGUUAACCGUGUGAAUGGAGGCGGUAGCGAGGUGGUCCAUCGGGGCAGAUACGCCCUCCUCCCCUCUCCCGGCAGCAGCAUCCUAAGCGGAAUCGAUAGAAAUAGUAACGAUAGAAACGGAAACGGUCGAAUGGAUCGAGCGAAAUCACAGGACAGGCGAGGGAUAUCCAACACGAGGGGAAAGAAGAAGUACAUAGAAGCACGCAAUCAACUAUCCGUACCAGCCUUAAAGGCAUAUCUAUCGAAAGAGGAUAAGCAGGACUUGGAGCGUUUACUAGAGUCCCUUUACGCCGACAGGAUAAUUCCGCUGGUCAUCAAUUUAAAAGGGAGGGCAGACGAAUAUAACUUCAAUGAUGUGCUAAAAAAUAAUAUCAUAAAUGCGUAUGGACUAUUCCCUGAUAAGUACACGGUGAAGGAACACCAUCCAUCCUCCUCCGCUUCUUCUUCUUCGGCUCCCCAUUCUGAUGACAACUGUUUGGUUCAUUUUUUACACAGAAAAGUAGACGAUGAUUAUUUUUUCUCCAUUAACGAUACAGUAGACAGAUACGAUCCGAAGUUAUGGAAUGAAUUUGAGAAAUAUUUGCUCGAAAUAGCUAGCUCGGAUGAUCCCCAAUUGUAUUCAUUUACAGGGGGAAGGUAUGGCAUGGCAAAGGAGCUGCAAAGAAGGAAACUUCCAUUUUUCCAGGGGCUCUACUUAGGCCACCUGUGUCACAUUGUUCACAUCAGUGCCACUAGGAAAAUCAUUGCCUACGAAAAUAACUUUAUAAAGCCUAUUUCUCAGUGUAGGAAGUAUGAGGAUGCGAAGAUGGGUAUAGUAAACACCCGAGGGGGUAAUGCAAAAAAUUACAUUGCCUCCAUGGACGAGUUAAAGUUCUAUCUGGGUGCAAUUCUCAAGUCACACAAGAGGGGCAUUAACAUCUCUACGUUGAAGGCCAAAAUGCUGAGCAGCUAUAACAAGCGCUUGUGUGAAAGCGUUUUCCACUGCGUAAAGCUGGUGGAGUUGUUACAAAUGGAAGAACUGAAAGACAUCUGCGUGGUGGAUAUGGAGUCCCGCGUGUUGCACGCUGUGCCUGCACCGUGA